CGUUCCCCUGUCUUUGAGUAUUUUGGCUCAUGACAGUUGGGCAGCCGUGGAUAGCUUUCAGAUUCCAGAACACCUGACACUCUCAAGUUCUGGCAAUUGGCAGGUGCCUGUCUGUCACCAGGAGAAGCUUAUUUGGACUCCAAACAGUGGCCUCCACUUUGGAAUGGCCUGUGUCCUGUUGAUCUCUUGAAGUCUUAACAAGCUGUUAUACAAGACACUGACAUCCCCCUUGCCAGCUGGCUGUGGACAUAACUCAGAAGGACCUGCUUUCUCUUUGCCAAGUUCCCCAAGGACACUGCAUGAGGCUGUAUAAAGGGCAGUUGAGUGAGGGGCCAGUGCAGCCUCUCCAGCCCCAGUGACCUGUGGAUUGGCUGUGACUGCAGACCCUUGAGAUGACGGCGCUCUUCCUGACUGUCAGCCUCUGUCUGGUUGCUGCCCUGCAGGCCCAGGACGUCUCGCCCCUUGCUUUGAAUAAUGAGAACUCUUCUGGGAAGUGGUUCGUGAAGGCCUUGGUGAUGAAAGAUGAGAUCCCGAUAGAGAAGGUCUCUCCCUUACUUGUCUUAAAGCUGAGCAACGGUGACAUGGAACUUUCUCUCACACAUAUGGUCUAUGGCCUGUGUCUUGAAGUGACCACCAUCUUGAAGAAAACUGAUGUGCCGGGCCAGUACACUGCCUUUGAGGGGAAGAGCCAUGUGCAGGUGCAGCUGUCUUCUGUGAAGAACCACUGCAUGCUCUACUGUGACGGGGAGGUGGACGGAAUGAGCUUCACAGUGACCCAGCUCAUAGGGAGGGACCUAGAGGAAAACCUGGAGGCCUUGGAGGAAUUUAAGGAGUUCACACAGAAAAAGAGACUUGUACCAGAGAACCUGAUCAUACCUGAGCAGAUGGAAAAGUGUGAACCGGAGAAUGAUUAGGAGCAUGGUGAGCCAAGGCUGCAAAGAAGCCAAGGCAGCAGCACCAGAAUCUCUGCCCUGUGGAACAUGGAAAGAGUGCCCUGCUAGGCCAGCCGUCUUCUCUUCUCUCUUCCCUCAUCCUCCUCGCCUGCUUCUCAAUAAAGAGCUU